AUGUCCCUUUAUGAGGUUCGGACUUUCCGAGGAGAUUUAUUUCUCUUUUUUUUUCCAGUCGUGUAUUUCCCGUCGGCCCAUCGCAUUCGCCGUUCUUCCGCUGAGUUGUUGAACCCGGUGCUGCAGAAGUCUGUGCCCGAAGUGGAGCUUCUGUACGAGUUCCUGCUGAGUGGGGUGAAGCUCAACAGAGACCAAGUGAUGACCCUACAGGACCCGGAAUUGUCCUCUUUACGGAAAGCCACCACCUUCCAUGUCAUUUGCAAUGACGUCAUCCCCAAGAGCCUAUCGGAUAUCCGCAGGCUGGGGGCCCGACUCUCCCACGCCCAGGGGCCCCUGAAGAGGCAGGACUUUGAGCGGACGCUGCUGACCAUGGCUUACACGGCUCUGAAGACCCCGCAGUCCAACACGGACCACCAGCAGAAGAUCUGGCUGGACUCCCUCACUGAGCUGUUUGUGGCCCUCAGGAGAGACUUGAUGUUCCCGUACCACAGGGAGGGGGGGCAGUGACCGAAUCGAGGGGAUUUGCACCCGUUUCUUACUAUUCCUGCAUGCUGAGCUAUUACCCAAUACUUUAAUUUAUUCUACUCAAUGUAAUGGGAUCAGGGGGGCAACAUUGCAUACUUGAACCCCCUAGUCAAGUGUAUGUCUAGGCGAUACCCCCACCCCACUUGCCCCCGGCACGACCAGUCCCUCCUAAUCCCUCCUCCCACAACUCCCGGCCCGACCUCAUAGAGAGGGUACUACUGCGCAGCAGACCCUGUUGCCCGGGCCCCCCUACAACUACGGGGUCUGCUGUAUUUAUAGGUAAGCCCCUCCCACUUGUGACCCAUGAUCCUUUGGUGGGGUAAAGUGGGGUAGGGCCCAACCUGAACCUUCCACAAUCACCUGACCCGCCCAUCGAUCAUGUCCAGGGCCGCCAUCAGAAAUCACAGGGGCCCCUCACAACAACAUUUUCUGGGCCCCCCUCCUCCCACA